ACAAUAUUUUAAACGAAAUGGAUCACACUGUUUCUUCUCUGCGAUGCUUCUCCUUAAUUUUAUGUUUAUCUCUUUUGAUCUGUUGUAACUCGGAAGAAAGUUCCAAAUCAAGCAAGAAACCUAUUUUGAUAAACUUCGGUGACUCCAAUUCCGACACCGGAGGAGUUUUAGCCGGCGUCGGACUUCCCAUCGGACUCCCUCAUGGCAUUACUUUCUUCCACAGAGGCACAGGUCGUCUCGGCGACGGUCGACUCAUAAUUGACUUUCUCUGUGAACAUUUAAAGAUGACAUAUUUGAGUCCAUAUUUGGACUCACUCUCACCAAAUUUCAAAAGAGGAGUCAAUUUCGCUGUCUCCGGCGCCACCGCUCUUCCCGUUUUUUCCUUCCCACUUGCCGUUCAAAUCCGCCAGUUCAUCCGUUUCAAGAACCGUUGUCAAGAACUUAUCACUUCCGGAAGAAGAGAUCUUAUUGAUGAUAAAGGAUUCAAAAACGCACUGUACAUGAUCGAUAUCGGACAAAAUGAUCUUCUACUUGCUCUAUACGAUUCAAACUUAACGUAUACAUCCGUCGUCGAAAAAAUCCCUCCUAUGCUUCUUGAGAUUCAAAAGGCCAUACAGACCGUACAUCUAUACGGAGGGAGAAAGUUUUGGGUACAUAACACAGGCCCAUUGGGUUGUGCACCCAAGGAAUUGGCAAUUAACCCACACAACGAUUCGGAUCUUGACCCGAUUGGUUGUUUCCGGGUUCACAACGACGUGGCAAAGGCCUUCAACAAAGGACUUUUUAGUCUAAUCAAAGAAAUGAGGUCCCAAUUCAAAGACGCUACUCUCGUCUACGUUGAUAUUUACUCUAUCAAAUACAAACUCUCCCAAGAUUUCAAACGAUACGGAUUUGUGGAUCCGUUAAUGGCUUGUUGCGGUUAUGGAGGAAAGCCAAACAACUACGAUCGAAAAGCCACGUGUGGUCAACCCGGUUCAACUAUUUGCCGUGAUGUAACCAAAGCAAUUGUAUGGGAUGGAGUUCACUAUACUGAAGCUGCUAACCGGUUUGUUGUUGAUGCGGUUCUUUCAAACCGGUACUCUUACCCAAAAAUUCCUAUUGGCCGGUUUUGGUAG